AUGCCCGACUUACUUCUUCCACCCCCUUACCCGCCCACUCAACCCCGCUGGUGCUGCCGGCUGGUGCUGGUGCUGGUUCCUGGUGCUGGCGCUGGUGCUGGUUCCUGUUCCUGGUGCUGGCGGCUGGCGCUGGUGCUGGUUCCUGGUGCUGGCGGCUGGUGCUGGUUCCUGGUGCUGGCGGCUGGUGCUGGUGCUGGUUCCUGGUGCUGGCGGCUGGCACUGGUGCUGGUUCCUGGUGCUGGCGGCUGGCACUGGUGCUGGUUCCUGGUGCUGGCGGCUGGCGCUGGUGCUGGUUCCUGGUGCUGGCGGCUGGUGCUGGUGCUGGUUCCUAGUGCUGGCGGCUGGCGCUGGUGCUGGUUCCUGGUGCUGGCGGCUGGCGCUGGUGCUGGUUCCUGGUGCUGGCGGCUGGCACUGGUGCUGGUUCCUAGUGCUGGUGGCUGGCGCUGGUGCCUAGUGCUGAUGGGGCGCGAUGGGUGGGACGAGCUGCAGACGGGCUACAGGCCGGGCGGGAUCUGA